CCAAAGUCUGUUUCCAUCGCGAGGGAAGGCCUCGGAUCGCGCUCGUCUCGUCAGCGUCCGGUCAGUCCGUGUUUUCCCGCGUUUCUUUCGUCACGUCGCGAUUUUUCACCCCGAAAUUGGUCGUCGUAAACUGCUCGCGCGAGUGUACACGUGAUCCAAAGGAUAUCAGAGAGACACUCACGGUGGAACUUGUUCAAUACGUUUCAAAGGAUCCAGAAACGAUCGUUGUGUUUACCAGUGUGCCAAGUGUCAUGGGGAUCUAGGAACGCCGGCGAGGAAUCGAGACGCAUGAGAGUCGAUACCGGGUGAUCGUGAUCACCUGAGGGCCCAGCAGUUUUCGGCGAGGCAUAUCACGAGAUGGCGGACGAUGGUAUAGAUAAUCCGGCGUUCGCCAACGAGGAUGAUUGCGCGACCGAUUCGAAACAGGACAAUGACCAACAUCAAGUGACCUUGGACCAGGAUCGCAAGACGGAGGACGGUCCUGUGGAGAAUGGGCAUCAUCGGACGCAAUUUGUGUCGCAGCAAUACGUGGAGGCCGGAAGGACCAGCCCUGAUCCACAUUACAGAACCGAGACAAAGAUCGAGCUGCCCGACAGCAACGACAAGACCGUCGUCGAGCCGAAAAUGAACGGCGUUCAUGGGAAUGGAAACAACAAUGACGCUAGUUUCUUGAAUAACAGCGCGACCAGCGUGCAGAUCAAUGACACUGGAAAAAAGGAGCAAAUCGAGGCUGUAAACUUGGAACUGGUCUCGAUGAGGCCUUACGCGGGCAACAAUCUACAGACGAAGGGUCAAGAGGCUUGCGAGGUACCAGCUGAUCCCUACGAAGAGUACUUCGUUCCAGUGAACGAGCAUCGAAAGUACAUCAGAGGCGAGAAACUUUAUGUAACGAAGGACAAGAGAUCAAGGAGUUCGUACUGGAGAAGGAUGGCUUGCUGGGGAUGUGGACUGAUGGUUCUACUGGUAGCGGUCAUCAUUGCCAUUUUGGCCGGAACUGGAGUAAUCCUAACGCAAGAAGCCUCAGAACCCUUGGAAAAUCUCCAGCAAACCAAUUCCCGGCAAUUUGGUGACGUACGAACCGCAGGAAGUCAAGAGUACGUGAAAAAUCCGCCAUCGAGUCCACCACCUGCGACUUCGAGCUUCCCACCCUGGCCAACUACCGAUGAAACCAUUUACAACACCGUUCCAAGUGCCUUAGACGGUAUAUUAAAACUAGACGACUUCCAUUGGGACAAUGAUUUCAGCAAUCCAAAGUCGAGAGUGUACAGACAAGUCAGCUCAGAGAUAGAAGAAAAUUUGAAGAAUAUGUUACAACAGCCCCCAAACAAUACAACGGUCAUCAAGGUAUACGACAUAAACAGGGAUGGUGAAGUGAGGUUUAGGAUAAGCUAUCCGUCACGUUCAAUGCCCGAAGAAAUGCAACAGCUGAUCGAGCAAACGCUACAGAAGAGUGGCAACAUAAUUGGACAAUAUCAUUUGAAUAGUUUAAGAGUGAAUAAAUUGGUUGAUCAGUGUCAGAGUGGAAAUCUUCAGUGUUCAGAAAGGUGCGAAUACGAUUAUUCUAAAGGUCUGUUUGUUUGCUCCUGUGGAGUUGGAAAGAUAUUGGACAGUGAUCAAAAGAACUGCAUUGAUGAAAAUGAUUUGAGUAAUGUAGAAAUGGAUGAUGAGAUACCGGAAUCUAAUACGGAAGUGGUGCACGAUUAUGUUCAGGGAAGGAGUAGAGGCCCUGGUACUGUAUUUGAACCUAGAAGGCCUGAUAAUUGGGAUCAUUUGGACUUCACUACCGAGUCAACGCAUAAUAGACAUACCUCACCGCAAGGUAAUGAACAUGAGUUUCAUGUACAACCACAUGAUUCUUCGUCGGGACCAGAGCCUACGCAGACGACUACGACGGAACAGAAUCAUGAGUUUAAUGGGGAAUCUGAUCAAAUAAACUGGAUGCACGAUCAUUCAGCACAUGGUCACUCGACUUCUGACCAUUCAACACAUGAUCAAUCAAAUCAUGAUCAUUCAGCACAUGAGCAUUCGGAAUACGAUUAUUCUACUCAUGAUCAUUCAGCACAUGACCACUCGAUGCAUGACCAAUCAGAAGAUGACCAUUCGAUGCGCGAAUAUUCGAGUCAGUACCCUACUGAAUCAAAAAUUGAACCUGAAUCUAGUUUUAAACCGGAACCUUCUGCUAAGCCUGAAGCUUCGACGGAACCUGAACCUUCUGCAGAACCAGAACCAUCUGCUGAACCUGAACCAUCUACGGAACCAGAACCUUCUGCGGAACCUGAACCUUCUGCGGAACCAGAACCAUCUGCAGAACCUGAACCUUCUGCGGAACCAGAACCAUCUGCUGAACCUGAACCUUCUGCGGAACCAGAACCAUCUGCUGAACCUGAACUAUCUACGGAACCAGAACCUUCUGCUGAACAAGAACCUUCUGCGGAACCGGAACCAUCUCCGGAACCUGAACCCUCUGCGGAACCAGAACCAUCUGCGGAACCAGAACCAUCUGCGGAACCAGAACCAUCUGCGGAACCAGAACCAUCUGCGGAACCAGAACCAUCUGCGAAACCAGAACUAUCUGCGGAACCUGAAUUAUCUGCGGAACCUGAACCUUCUGCUAAACCUGAAGCUUCGACGGAACCUGAACCUUCUGCGGAACCAGAACCAUCUGCUGAACCUGAACCAUCUGCGGAACCAGAACCAUCUGCGAAACCAGAACCUUCUGCGGAACCAGAACCUUCUGCUAAGCCUGAAGCUUCGACGGAACCUGAACCUUCUGCGGAACCAGAACCUUCUGCGGAACCAGAACCUUCUGCGGAACCAGAACCUUCUGCGGUACCAGAACCAUCUGCUGAGUAUGAACCUUCUGCAGAACCAAAACCAUCUCCGGAAUCUGAACCUUCUACGGAACCAAAACCAUCUGCUGAGUCCGAACCUUCUGCUCAGCUAAAGCCAAAUGUUGAACCCGAAUUUUCUGCUGAGCCAGAGCCUUCUACAGAACCAGAACCAUCUGCAGAGCCAGAGCCUUCUGUACAGCCAGAGUCUACCUCCCAACCAGAAUCUCCUGCAGAGGCAGAGCCUUCUUCUCAAUCAGGGUCUCCUGCAGAACCAAAGCUUUCUUCUGAAGCAGAGUCUUCUACGGAGCCAAUGCCUUCUUCUCAACCAAAAUCUCCUGCAGAAGCAGAGAUUCCUUCUCAAUCAGAGCCUCCUACAGAGCCAGAGCCUCCUGCAAAACCAGAGCCCUCUUCUCAACCAGAGCCUGCUGCAGAGCCAGAGCCCUCUUCUCAACCAGAAUCUUCUGCAGAAUCAGAGCCCUCUUCUCAACCAGAACCUUCUGCAGAACCAGAGCCCUCUUCUCAACCAGAACUUUCUGCAAAAUCAGUUCAUUCUUCUGAACCAGAGUCUCCUACGGUGCCAGAAUCUACUUCUCAACCAGAACCUACUUCUCAACCAGAACCUCCUACUAAACCAAAGUCUCCAACUAAAUUAGAAGUAAACAAUAUCGAAUCUCCUAACACAGAAACUAUGAUCAAUAUUGAAUCAGAGUUUUCUGCUGAAUCCAAACCUUCAAUUGAAGUGGAAUCUUCUCUUAAACAUCAGCCAUCAGGUGAAACAGAAUCUUCAACUGAAGUAACACCAAUUGUUGAACCAAACCCUACUAAUGACUCAGAGUCUUCAACAAAAUCUGCAGUAACUGAAUAUCCUGUAUUAUCUUCUCAGCCAGAUUUUACUGCCAGACCUGAAAAACUUGGAACUGAAACUAUUAUAGAACAUGACUCACCAAUUUCAUCAUCCACAGAACCCGAAUUCGAUGAGAAGUCUCAUCAAAAUAUACCUGCUAUUAUAGAACAUUCUACCGAAAUACAAAACACAAUGGGGCCAAUAGAGUCCGCAGAAGAAACUCCUGGUAAAACAGAAUCCUCUACUGAAUCUGCGACUACGAAUAAAAUGUCUGUUGAAACAAUUACCGAGUCAACUUACACUGAAUUACCUAGUAUGACGAAGGAAGCAGAAUCUCCAGUUGAAUUUUCGACUACAAUAUCUAUGAUUGAGAAAGAAAUGGUAAACACAUUUACACCUAACGCUCCUAUAAACAUAGGUUCAGAAACUACAAUAUCAAUGAUGCCUGAAGAGACCACAUUGCCAAGUAAUGAGAAAUCUGCCGAUGAAAUAGCAAGUAAUGAUACACCCUUACCAGUGAUACCUUUGAUGCCUGAUACCGAAGAGACUGUAAUGUCAAAUCAUUCCGAGGAUCAUUUCGAAUCAACUGUUACGACAAUGGAUACGACAAUGGUGAAGGAUGAUAGUAAAGAUAAAAUAACAACAAUGACUUCUAUCAAGAUGGAUAUAGAAGAAACAGCGAAGGUUGAACACGGCACUGAGACUAACAUGUCACAGGAUGAAGCAACUGAAACCACUACAAUGAAUAUAAGUAAAGAGGAGUCUGGAAUUAUGAACUCUUCGUCCGAAUCUAAUUCUGUCUCUCUGUCUAGCACACAGUCCUCAGCUUCUGAGGAAUUCACUCUAAAACCUGAAACGACUCCUCUUGUAAUAGAUAACAAAUCAGAAAACGUUACUGAAAUAAAUACCAUCGUAGAGAACAGUAGUACAGAAGCAAGUAACGAAGUACUUAAAUCAAUAUUAUCUGGCGAAUCUUCAGUUGAGCCAGAAUCACUUAUGCAUGAAACCAACGAAACUAACAUCAUUGAGCACAUGCCAACGACUGUCUUUCCUAAAUUACCAAAAAAUUUUGGUCACAAUGUAGAACCUUUGUUAGAACCUCUUAAAAACAAUACAGGAGAGGAACACAUUAUGUUAAUUCCAAAAACUGAAUAUACAGCAGAAAUACAUGAUCCUCAUGCGAUCAUUCCUCAACUAAUUCCUGAACAAAGCGUUCAAUCUUCUAAUACAUCCUCAAGCGGUGUUCCUGAAGGUUCAACUGUAGAAAAUAAAAUUCAAUCUUCUACAGAAGCUAUUCAAACAGUUUUACACCGUUCCACGAUUCAUCCUGAACAGAAUAUAGUUUCCUCAGGCGAUUCCCUCCGUUAUGAAGAUAAUUUAGAUCAUUCAACCAAUCAUCCUCUGCAUCCAGCAAUGUUCCCUGAAAAUGCAAUCGAACAAACUACAGAGAAAUUUGAUCCAGCUUAUGAUAAACACGUAGAUGAUAUGUCUCCCUUCUUGCCAGAUAUUCAAAAGGAAAAAGAAGUGAAGAAAGCUCCCAGAUUGGAUAAAGAUGAGCAGGAUGUACCCAAUCCUUUCGAAGGACACGUUGAAGAUGUUGUUACCUACAAAUCUACGGAACAAAGUAUGAAUGAAACUAACGUGAAGGAUUCUCUGAAUGAUGUUCAUGUAGAAACACACGAUGUCAAAAUACCUGAAGAACAAGAAGAGGAAAAGAACAAUGUGAAAAAUGUGAUGACUGGAAAUGAAGUGGGUCGUGGUUUCAAGAGUGAUGGCUUGGACGUUGUUGAAAUUAAUAACACGGAGUCUGGAAUUCAAAAUGGACUACAUAAUUAUGAUAUUAAUAAGCCAACUAAGGAUGAAGACUAUGCUAUAAAUGAGAAGGAGAGUAGAGAAAGUUCCGAGGAAGAUGAAGAGGCGUUAAGAGUAAUACCAUUGGAAGAACAGUUCAAGGAAACCACUGUGAAUAAUGCAGAUAAGAAUAAAUCAGGAACCACAACAGAAUCUAACGUAGUUACCACUAUUCCAACGGAAGAAAACGAAAAACAAUCAAAAGAUUCUAUGAAUAAUGUUACUGCUUCUGAGAAACCUGAAGAAAACGCAGUAGAAGAUCAAUAUAACGAUAUAAACGAUGAUACUUUGUCCAAAGGGUAUCAACAGGAUGACUCAGAGAUACGAGAGAAAGUUAAGGAUGGAUCUGAUAAAUUAAUAGCAAAUGACGACGAGAAAUCAUCCAAGAUGACAGAUAUACCUUACACAAACGAUAACAUGAAUGUUACAACGAAUGAUACUGAAAGUGUCUCAGAUAACCAUACAGAGGAUGCUAAAUUAACCACGCAAAUACCAGUGUUACCAUUGGAGAUACAGCAAGAAAUGUCUACAACUGAAAAAAUCGAAAGCACAACUGUAACUGAAGAGAAUCCUCGAAAAGACAAUAAUACAGAACGUGAGAAUAGCGUUCAGGUUAGUAUGGAGGAUACCACGACAGUUCAGGUACCGACAACUCACAUGAUGCCAAUAGAAACCAAAACCACUGCUCAGGUACCAAUAUUGCCAGAAGAACUGCAAACUACUGAAAGUGACGUAUUGUUAACGACCUCCACAAUGAAACCAGACGCUGAAGUGAAAACUAGUGAUUUAGAAAAUGUACGUUCUAAUAAUACGGAAGUUGAACAGAAGGACUCUUCAAAAACUAAUACUGAUGAGAUGAAUAAUAAUUCGACUGAAGAUUUGGUAACUAGUGGUGAUGAAAAAGUGAAUGCUCAGAAUGGCACUGCGGACGAUCUGAUGACUAGUGCAGUGGAACAUGUAAACAACACAAGUAUUAAUAACACAUUGCUAGAACCAAAUAUUUCAGUACUAGAUAAUACAAGUGAGGAAAAUGUGACUACAACGAACGUAGAGAAAAAUAUGCAGAAGAAUUUAACAGAAGAUUCAACAGAAUUACAUAAACAGACGUCUGAGAGUUCCAGUACGACAGAGGAUAUUAGACCAGUUACUGAGAUAUUGGAAGAUGACACUGAACCUAUAGGAUUCGAUUAUAAAAUACAUUUUAUCACCACUACACCUCAGACUAUGUUACCUAACUUGGAUGCGGACGAAUUGUCGGAAGAAAGCUUACGAGUGAUUCCAUUGGAGAAGAGUUUGGAAGUGAAGAAGAAGUCAGUGGACAAGAAAGUUAUUGAUAAGUACAAGCACAAAAAGGAGAAGGAAUUGAACUUGGAAGAAGACGAGGGUGAAAAUAUAUUAACAGAGAUUCCAGAAUCGGCUACGAUAUUUUCUACUGAAAUACCACAAAUAUUUACUGAAAAGGAAAAAGCUCAAGAAGAGAACCAUACUGCAACUAAUACAGACAUCCACGUAGAAGAAAAUUCUGCACCUGUUCCACAAUUGAAGAUCAUCGAAACGACCAGCGGAUCAAAUCAAAUAAACGUACAAACGUCCGAAACCUCUUCUAAUGAAAAAGAGAGUCUGAAUGAUAAAACAAGCAUAACAGUCCCAGACAGUUCAAAGAAGUAUCCUAGCUUCAUACCGGUUUCGGAGAAGAUAGAAGAGCCAGAACCGGUUACAGAGCCGUUCGUAGUUCUCCGAAACUUCAAUUUCCAUCGAUCAGGCGUAGAUUUUACAACAGAAAAUCCAGGCAUCAGUGAACCAUCUAACGAAGGCCAUACAGCUAUAGAACCAGGACAAGUGAUUGAAAUAAAUGGAGAACCGAACCAGACAGGUUCACAGUCUUCAGUAUUUCCUUCGAAUCAAUCGUCAAUAGUGUCGAUUGCACAGGAAGCAAAUCACGUUGCGAAAGAGAGCACUGACACGACAGUUCCACCGUCCACGCAAACUAAAUUACCGGAUGCAGUUGUGGAAAGUACUAGCCAUAUUGAUGUUUCUUUCCUCAAUAUCCCUCCAAGUACUGUUUUCUCGAAAUGUACAACUGGCCAGUUCCAAUGUGUCAAUGGAACAUCCAGGGAUGGCGCAUACUGCGUGAAACUAUCAGCGAAAUGCGACUCUGAGAACGAUUGUUCCGAUGGUUCGGAUGAAUUAAAUUGUAAGGAGGAAGGUUGUCCAGGAAACUUUCAGUGUGCAAGCGGUCAAUGUCUAAAGCGAGACCUGGUGUGCAAUAAAAUUGUCGACUGUGAUGAUGGAAGCGAUGAAAAGAAUUGCGAAGAAUGGAAGUGUCAAUUCGAUGAAUUUAGAUGUCCCAGUGGAAGAUGCAUCCCAGGCAUCUGGCAAUGCGACGGUCGACCAGACUGCGAGGAUCACCGAGAUGAAUACAAUUGUGCCGAAAGUUGUGGAAACAACGAGUAUCUCUGCCCAACAGAAAAAUGGUGCAUACCAUUAACAUGGCACUGCAACGGAAUUAGAGAAUGUGCUAAUGGAGAGGACGAAAAAUUAUGCGAUUGCGCUCUUGAUCAGUUCAAGUGUCAAACAGGCGGAUGUGUACCUGAAAAUCAAGUCUGUGAUGGGAUAGAACAUUGUCCUGAUCAUUCUGACGAAUGGAACUGUUUAAUGACAAAUAUGACUAUGGAGAAAAAGUCAUCAGAUGGAGAAGGAGAAGAUAAUAUCGAGAAUAGUGGUGUUCAAGAAUUUGGUGGAAGUUCUUUAUUAAAAAUAAGACAAUACAACGAUGAGUAUCGUCUUGUGUGCUCCGACGGAUGGAGCGAAGAAUUUAGCAACUCUUACUGCCAAUCUCUAGGAUUCGCUGGUUCUGAGAGCACAGAGCUCCAGACAUGGGAUAAAAUCCAAAAGAUACUCAGACUAAAGUUGAAUCCUAACCAUCGUGCGCCAUUAGUCACAAAUUUGGAACAAGUGGAAUUCUGCAUCUCCGACAAGGUCGUGCAGAUAUCCUGCCAAGAAUUUUCUUGCGGUUCUGACUAUGGCGAGGGACCAACUGCCAGAUUGGUUGGCGGAACACCAGCCAGCGAAGGACAAUGGUCCAGCGUGGCCUUGCUAAAGGAACCUAAACACGGUGCUGCUUGCACGGCAAGCAUACUGGGACCUAUGCAUGUGCUUGCCAGUUAUUCCUGUAUUCACAGAUAUAAGCAAAGUAGCGGAUGGCAACUUUUCACCGGUGAAAACCUAUUAAAAGCACAUCCCGUGAGGAACAUCAUUCCCUACCCGCAAGUGAAAUACAAUCAAUUUUUAUACAACAACGAUAUCGCGUUAGUUGAGCUCGAGAAGCCUCUAACUUUCUCAAGGAACGUUAGCGCCGUUUGUCUUCCGAAACAUCCUAUUCAACCGAGACAGAUAUGCGUCAUGGCAGGAUGGGGAUUCUCUGCGAAUGGCGAAGUGGAUUUACAAAAAUAUUUGAACUUCCUACCAUUGCCAACGUUAGACUCUGAGAAGUGCAAUGCAACUAGCCAUUAUGCAGGGUUCAUCACAAAGGACAAUAUAUGUGCUGGAUUCACUGAUACGAAUAAAGGACCUUGCUACAACGACGAAGGAGCACCUUUGAUGUGUGAAACUGGCGGAGGAUCGGUCAGAUGGGAAAUUCAAGGGCUACUGAGUCACCAUAGCAGGUGCUCGAGAGGUCAUCCGGCAAUUUACUCUAGCGUGGAGCCAGCAUUAUCUUGGUUGCGAAACUCCGUACCCGCUUUGCAAACGCAAAGUUAAAGUGCUAUAAACGUGAUUACGUUCUUUUCACGAGGAUGCGCGAGCAUUAGAUGAAUUUUAAUUUGAUUUAAAACGAAUCAACGACAACGAUACACUGGAACGAACGAACAGUAGAAACGAAAUAAAGAAAUUCAUUGGAAGGGGAACUAUCCGGUUGAAUGUCGAAGUUCCUGUUAAAAUUCAUGAGACAUAAAAACUAUGUACUUAAUUUGUAUCCGUCUGUAUUUUUCAAACGGUAUGUUCCUAUUUAAAUGCAAAGAACGCGUUCAACAGAUAAUAAUACAAUCGCGGCCAUAAUUGAUUCUACAUGAGAAAAAGGUGUUCUGAAUCGUGAUCUUUUUUCCUGUCUCUAUAAUACCGAUUAAUAGCUAGUGCAAUAUUCCGUGACGAGUUUUUGCGCUAUAUAUAAGAAAUAAAAAUUAUGACGGAGGUACAUAUAAUUGGCGAUACAUGAUAUUUACAAUUAAGACGUUUGUAAAUACUGUAUAAAGUGACUGUUUAAUAUGCUUAACAUUGUAAGAGAUUUUUUUACAAGUUAGCGAAAUAGGUCUCUUAAGAAUGCUGUUCUAUACAUAUGAAAAGAUGUGGAACGUUUAAUACACUCGUUUACCCUGCUGAAUAAUCAACAGGUUUCAUGUAACAACUAUUUCUAAUGGAUUCUUGCUGACAUACACUUUGCAGUUUACUAUGUCAGAGAGAUAUUAACAAAGGUCUAGUGUUACUGAUUAGUGUAAUGUCCAUACGAAUCAUUUAAAUCCUCUUAUUAGAUUCAAAAGAGUAACAGCAAUAUGAAAAUAUUUAUUGGAAACGAGAGACCAUCAGAUAAAUACACCCAAUUAUUCAAUCAACAGUUUGUCUCAGAGAUCCUAAAGAAGGAUUCCUGAAAUGAACGACGGUAUAGGUUAAGAAAUAGAUAGGGUUAUAUAAAUGUAUAUAAUAUAUAAGUGUUUUAAUAAAAUACAUUGUUACGAAGAGAUACAAUAAUAAAAUAUGUUUAUGUAUGCAUAGUCAUUGAUGAAUGCGUAAGUAUUUUUACAUGCUAAGAUAAAAAAUAAAUGUAUUUUAAAUGAA